AUGGCAUCCCUCGUUCCCCUCCCAACCAGACGUCAAAAGCCUCACCGUGUCGGUGGCUGGCUGCCCAAGGAUCCCCAGCUCCUGAUCGGAUGGCUGCGCGACCUAGUCACUGAAGUCAAAAAGACCAAGUCUAUUGCUCCAGUAGGCUCAUUCUUCUUGAGCGGCCCAGUCCAGCAACUCAAAGAGCUCAUUGAGAGCACCGCCGAACUGCGAAUGCUGGCUCAGGGCAUGUUUGACGAAGUUCCCGACAAGGCUCCCUACAAUGAGGACCCUGUCGGGAACAAGCAGCUCAACUCUUACCACGAGAUGCUUGAAAUGUUUGACUAUGUCAUGCAUCACAAGGCGCCGUCCUGGAAGAAGCUCGAGUACGACGUUGGCUUGAUCGGCUUCCCCUUCAACGCAAUCUUGGACUGGCCAAUGGCCACGGCCUCUGGAUACGCCUUCUUCCUCAAGCCCGAGGUCAAUGCCAAGCUCAAGGUGAUUCUCGACACCUGGAAGACCGAGGUCCUCAUGACCGAGAAGUCGCAAUACGUCAUCACCACCGCUCCUGAUGGCUGGCUCAGCGAAGACUCUCUGGUGCACAUUGAAAACGACACCAACGUCACGGAUCAGGAGUUGACGUUCCAGCAAAUCUUCCAGUGUGAUCCGCAAGGAGACCCCGAGCACUGGGGCUUCAAGUCCUGGGAUGACUUCUUCGUCCGCAAGUUCAAGAACAUCGACCAGAUUCGCCCAGUCGCUUUCCCAAUGCAGUCAGAGUGGGUGGCCAACUCGUGCGAGUCCAAGCCGUUUGCCCUGCAGUCAAACGUCCGCGAGUUUGAUUCGUUCUGGCUCAAAGGUCAAGCGUAUUCGGUCAACGAGAUGCUUCAUAAGCAUGAGUACGCUGAGCAGUUUGUAGGCGGCACCGUCUAUCAAGCGUUUCUGAGCGCCACCUCAUACCACCGCUGGAACUCGCCUGUAUCUGGCAAAGUCGUCCACACAGAGGUCGUUGACGGAACCUACUUCUCAGAGCCCACAAUCACUGGCUUCACUUCUCCUGAGGGCCCCGAUCCGGCUGCUCCUGAUCGAGCCCAGGGCUACAUCAGCCACAUCGCCACGCGGGCCAUCUUCUUCAUCGAGGCCCCGCAGCCGAUUGGCCUCAUGGCAGCCAUCUACAUCGGCAUGGCUGACGUUUCGUCGUGCGAGAUCUUGGAAAAGUAUCAGGCCAAGAACCUGCCUGCAGACGUUGAGAAGGGCGAGGAGAUUGGCUUGUUCCACCAUGGCGGCUCUACCCACUGCCUGCUCUUCCGCCAGGGCGUCAAUCUGGCGUUUGUGGCGGGAGCUAUUCCUGGGAACCGGACGAAGAACCUGCCGAUUCGAGGUCCUCUGGCAGUUGCGUACUGA